CUACCCGCCAUAAACUGAUUGAAGGGCAGGUCCCACAGAAACACAUGAACCUCAGCGAUUCUCAGCCUUCUCCCUCUCCCUCUCCCUCUCGCCAAGCAGGACGCAUCUUAGCUAGCCCUCUCUCUCUCUCUCUAGAAGCAGAACGAUCGAUGAUGGCGGUAUUGGCUUCUUCGAUCUCUGCAAUUCCUCUCUCCCUCUGCCUUAAACCACCAAGAAGAAUUCGUACACGGCUCUCGCCAAUUUCUAGUUCGUCGAGCAGGUCAUCGACGUCCUCUGAGUCGUCAUCGUCGCCCUCACCUCCUCCUUUCCCAGAUCGAAGCUUCAUCUCUGCAAGUCCUUCUGCAAAUACACAUCUUCAAUCCUCCGAAGUUCCAGACAAAGCCUUCAACUACGCCAUAGCAACCCCCAAUGGCAACCUCAUGGCUCGUUUGGGCCUCUCCACCGAAUCCACCAUCGAAAGGGUAAUAUUUGACUUUCGCUUUUUGGCACUUUUUGCAGUUGGGGGUUCAUUGGCUGGUUCUUUGCUGUGCUUUCUAAAUGGUUGUGUAUACAUUGUCGAUGCUUAUAAAGCUUAUUGGGCUUGCUGUCUCAAAGGAGUACACACAGGACAGAUGGUGCUACGACUAGUAGAAGCCAUUGAUGUGUAUCUUGCUGGGACUGUCAUGUUAAUUUUUGGGAUGGGCUUAUAUGGUCUUUUUAUCAGCAAUGUGCCUCCUGAUGCGCCUCCUUCUGCAGAUCGUGCCCUCAAGGGCUCUUCUUUAUUUGGGAUGUUUGCUUUGAAGGAGAGGCCUAAAUGGAUGAAAAUCUGCUCAAUCGACGAAUUAAAGACGAAGGUGGGACACGUUAUUGUCAUGAUCCUUCUAGUAAAGAUGUUUGAGAGGAGCAAGAUGGUGACCAUAACCACCGGUGUGGAUCUGCUGAGCUAUUCAGUGUGUAUUUUCUUAUCUGCUGCUUCUUUAUACAUUCUUAAUAAUCUGCACAAGUCGGAAAAAAGUUGUCCUUGAAUACAACCUGGGGUAAUAAUAUGUAAAAGCUGUAAAUUGUUAUUACCAAUAUAUAGUGAUAAAAGCUUGUUCCUUCUUGGAGUUAAUGUUA